AUGGAUGAAUCAAACCCACCCCUAUUUCACUACCCUGUUGGACACCCCAAAGGCUCUGCAAACAAGUACAAGGCAGAAGCUAAUUUCUCUCAAAGCAGCUUUGCCCAAAAGCAUCAUGCUCACCUUUUGAGCAUGAAUUCAAUUAAGCUUGAGAUUGAGAAAGCCAAGAACAAUGACCACAAUGUACACCUGAGGACUGUAAACAAAACUAAGCAAACCAACAAGUACAAGCAAGCUUUAAAUGAGGCAAAAGAGGAUUUAAAGCAAUAUGUCAAUGGUACUAGCACUUAG